AUGCAUAGAGAUAUUAAAGGUUCAAAUGUUUUAGUUGAUGAUAAUGAUAAUAUUAUAUUAAUUGAUUGGGGUUUAAGUUAAUUUUAUGAUGAAGGAAGACAGCAAUCUACUAAAAUGGGUACCAGAUACUAUAAAGCACCAGAAUUAUUAAUGAAAUAUAAAUAAUAUGAUUAUUCAAUAGAUAUAUGGGCAGUAGGAUGUAUGUUGGCAGAUUUUAUAUUUAAGACACAUCCAUUAUUACCUGGAAAGGAUAAUGAAGAUUAAUUAAAGAAAAUAAUAUCUAUGUUAGGAACAAAUGAUUUAUAUGAAUACUUACAGAAAUAUGAUAUUAAGUUAGAUCUGGAUGAACUUCCUUUAGUUUAGAAUCGAAUAGAUUUUACAAGAUUAAUAAACAGAAAGAAUUAAAAUUUAGUUAGUAAAGAAGGGAUUGACUUACUUGAAAAAAUCUUUAUUUAUGAUCAUGUAUAAAUUUAAUAUAAUAUGAAUAGAAAAAAAGAAUAAAUGCAAGUUAAGCCCUUGAACAUGCAUUCUUCUUAUGA